UCCUUACCUGUUCCUCCUUAGGGAGUAACAGACAUGAUGAAUGGAGGAGGCUGAGUAUCUGAUUACACGGAUCUCCCACACCUUCGGGAUAUGACGACGCAUCCCGAGGGUGAUAUUCUGAUAAGGAUGUCCUACAAAGAGAAUGUCAUCCCUUUCUCCAGUUCUAACAAGUUUACCACCCCAUCUAGUGCCUCAGGGGCUCACCGUGUCCUGAGGAAGGAACCUUUUGUAUCUAUGUUCACAACACCAUCAGAUUCCAUCCUUGCACAGAGAACACAGAUGUCUCGUAUCACUCCUUCCACUACCUCCCAUGUUUCAGGAAUUGCUGGACGAGUGGCCGUGAAUGCUGAUAGCUCAUCACAAAGCACGGCUGUUGUAGAAUGGCCCAAAAGGAAGUUUACCAUAAAUGACUUUGAUAUUGGUCGGCCUCUGGGCAAGGGCAAGUUUGGGAAUGUGUACCUGGCCCGUGAGCGACAAAGCAAAUUCAUUAUGGCUUUAAAAGUGCUGUUUAAAUCUCAGCUGGAGAAGGAAUCGGUAGAACACCAGUUGCGAAGAGAAAUCGAGAUCCAGUCUCACCUCAGGCACCCAAACAUUUUGCGCAUGUAUAACUACUUCCAUGACCGUAAGCGAAUUUACCUAAUGUUGGAGUAUGCACCCCGGGGAGAGCUAUACAAGGAAUUGCAAAAACAUGGACGAUUUGAUGAGCAGAGAAGUGCUACAUUCAUGGAGGAACUGGCUGAUGCACUUCUGUAUUGCCAUGAAAGGAAAGUUAUUCACCGGGACAUAAAGCCUGAAAACCUACUAAUGGGAUACAAGGGGGAGUUAAAAAUAGCUGACUUUGGUUGGUCUGUGCAUGCUCCCUCCCUCAGGCGACGGACAAUGUGUGGCACUCUAGAUUAUCUGCCCCCAGAGAUGAUUGAAGGGAAGACUCAUGAUGAGAAGGUGGAUCUUUGGUGUGCAGGUGUCCUCUGCUAUGAGUUUUUGGUUGGGAUGCCACCUUUUGACACCCCAUAUGCCCAAGAGACCCACCGGAGAAUAGUAAACGUUGACUUGAAGUUUCCCCCAUUCUUAUCUGAGGGGUCAAAGGAUCUUAUCAGCAAACUACUCCGUUAUAACUCAUCACAGCGGCUCUCUCUAAAAGGUGUUAUGGAACAUCCUUGGGUAAAAGCAAACUCCCGCCGUGUCUUGCCACCUGCCUAUAACUCUGUUCCGUCGCGCUAGGCCUUGGUUCCUAGCAUGUUACAUUGCUCCUUCUCUGCACAUUGGACUUUGGUGAUUGAGCUGAUACUGCUAUUAUAGUACAUUCAUUGGGUUGGCUUGUAUUAUACAUACCUACAUAUUUAAUGUAUAUAUUCUUUUACAAAGUUGAAUCUAACUCUGCCAGAACCUCUUGUAGCGUUUUAAGUGCAGGACACCUAAGGCAAGUGGCACAUUGACUUGCCUUUUUUAAACGUUCUCUCCUGAGCUGUGGUUUGCUAAUUUUAAUUUUCUCAACAUAGACUGACAUUGUGAACAGUGAUCACAACACAGUGGCACGUGGAUGUUACUUUCUAUGAAGUUAAACAUGGACAAUUACUCAAUUAGACAAAAAAAUUCCAGUAUAUUUUUAUUGAAACCUUGGUGUAUAAGAAUAAACAAAAUGCCACUAUUAUCCUGAUGCGUUUCAGCCUUAGACUCUAAGGAUAUGAAAAGUCUGCAAUAAGAUAUCCUGAUUUCCCCAAUGUAAGAGGCGCACUUGAUACAAAUGGUUUUUAAUAUAAAUAGUUGUACAUAUUUAUAACUGUUGUGAGUUGUUGGUAGUGACAGAAAAUAUAUUUUUGAUGUUGAGUAGACCUGUGCAUUCGGGAGUUUAGUUUGCUGCCAAAUGCGUCCGCUCGCGGUAUUCGGCUCUUCGGAGCUGGUUUUAUUCUUGUGAUAGUGCGACACUCAAAUCUGGAUCCAGCUCCAAAAAAAAGCAAAAUGCGCCUGUCGCAUUUGGCGUUGAGCAAAACUGGCUAAUGCACAGGUCUAAUGUUGAGUGUAAGGGUAAGUUAUUUACCCAGAUUGUUCUUGUCUGAUUUGCUUUUAUUCUUGUUACUGUCAAAUAGCUUUUAUGUGUAAUCAAGUAUAGCAAACAUAAGAUCACACAUUGUUAAUAAAAAUGAUAAAAUGAA